CAAGUCAUAAGAGUUGGACCCUAGAAGCGUCAUCUUCUUCGCUUGUUAUUUCAGCUCAACGCUCUCUGCCCAACUUUUCUGUCAAGGGCAAAGUCCAAAAAGAUCUCUUCUUCUUCUUUUCAGUUUGAUUCUUUCAGCAUUUAUAAAGUCCUCAAAGUGGACUUUAUCUCCUUCGAAUUAUAUUCCAACUUGUAUCUUCAUUUUCCUUAAUCCUAAAACCCACCUUCCCAAGUCGCAUUCGAUUGCCUCUCUUGAUUUAUGAAUUUAAAGCCCCAUUUUGUGAUCUGUGGUUUCCUUAAUUUCCUUCCAUUUCUCUAUAUUUGUUUGAUUGCUUUCUUUCCUUGCUAAAUCCUAUCUGGGUUUCCUUCUAUUGCUCCAGAAACAAAAUCCCAUAUCAGUCUGCAAUUUUGGACGCGUCGUUGAACAGAAGCGGAUUGAGUGUUAUUCUUUCUAUUUUUUUUAUCAAGGUUUUACCUGAACUCUCGUUUGGGUAUCCCUCAUUUUCCCCAGGAAACAGAAUCUCACUUCGAGUCUGCAAUUCUUUACUGCUUCCUUUUAUAGUUGGAUCUUACUUUUUUUGCUCUGUAAAAGUACAAAAAUCAAAUCUUUUUUUUUGUUGCUGAAUUUCACUCAAAUUCUCAUCUUAGUUACUCUCAUUUGCCAAAAAAUAAAAAAAUAAAAAGCAGUCCUAUUUUUUUUUUGCGAGUCAUGGACAAACCCGGGAUUGAUGAAUCAACAGUCAUGGCAAUAACUGGGAAGAUCAUGGCCAUCGCCGUAAUAAUUCUCUUCUUAGUGGUGGUCUUCGUGCUUUUCCUUCAUCUUUAUGCUAAAUGGUUCUGGUGGCGCGUCGAAGAACCAACUCCCCCGUCUUCUUCACGCCGCCGUCGUCGUUUCGUGUUUGCUCCGGGACAAGAGACUGCUCAUCCUCUGUGUGCAACGAAAGGCCUUGAUUCCGCAAUCCUUGCUUCCCUUCCCGUACUAAUGUUCACCCAAGAAGAGUUCAAGGAAGGACUCGAAUGUGCCGUUUGCUUGUGUGAGGUUGUGGAAGGAGAGAAAGCGAGGCUGCUUCCAAAAUGCAACCAUGGCUUCCAUGUUGAAUGCAUCGACAUGUGGUUUAAAUCACACUCCACUUGUCCUCUUUGUAGAAAUUCUGUUGUUGCUAUCGAGGGUGAGAAUUCAAGUUCUGCCAUGUCAGGGGAUGAUGGUCAUAUUCAGUCUCCAAAUGAUGGUUUGGGUUCUGGGUAUUCGACAGAUUCUCCUAGUUUCCCUACAAAUGUGUUGUUUUGGGGUGAUCAUCAAGGCCAGGUUAGCAGCGGUGGUGCCAACUUGGAAGAGGGUUCAUCUGCAUCUGCAUCUGCUUCGUCCUCAGCUUCGUCUUCAAUGGCAUCCGGUAGUGGCAGGCAAGAAGGCAUGCUGGUGAUUGAUGUUCCAAUAAGUGUGAACGAGAAUUUCCCAGAGGAGGAAUCAAAGUCACCAAUGCCAACAAGAUUGAGGUCUUUGAAGAGGCUUUUAAGCAGGGAAAAAAAGAUGGUACCUAGUAGUUCAGGAACCAGUGGUUCCGUUGAUGUUUAAAGUUAUAAAUUAAACAAGCUGAGUAUCAGAAAUGGCUGGAGAUUAUCAAAUUGGAAUCAAGUCAACCAUUCCUAGAGAAUUGUGUUGGUCUCUUGGGAACCACUUGUAUAUAGAUCAAAAACAAUUUCUUCUUUCGGUGAAGUCUUCGUUUUAGUUUGGAUUUUUCUACUGUAAAGCUAUUAAUUCAAUU